AGGUUUGGGGGAGUUCGGCGUCCCGCCCCCGCUCCAGUACUCGGGGACUUUCCGCUGGGACUGGCUGGGACGCGCUGGAGCGGCAGCGAGGGUGGCCGGCCUCCCGUCCCAGUCUGGGCUGCGCGGCACCUCCGGAGCCAUGCGGAACGCACGGGAUGCCCCCCUCCGGCUGCUGUGGCUGGUAGUGGCGCUGCUCCCCGGGACUCGCGCCCAGGGCAGCGCUGGGUCGCUGCAGUGCUUCCGAGUCGGCCCCCAGGGGAACCUGAACUGCUCCUGGGAGAGUCUUGGGAACCCGGGAGACCCCGUCGUGCUGCACCUUCAAAGCCAGAAGUACCACAUCAACAGAACCCAGCUGGUGCUGGUGCCCGCAGGGCAGAACUGGGAGACCAUUUCUCGGAAGGUGCUCACCUCAGGGGACCAGCUGCUUGUCUGGGGGACACAAGGAGGACACCCUCUCUGGGGUCCCAUCUUCAUGGACCUGGAAACACAAGUGAAGCCUGAUGCCCCCUGGCUGUUAUCCAACGUGGACUUCUCAGAGGAUGCGCCCCUAGAGGCCACCGUGCAGUGGCAGCCGCCCAAAUGGCCGCCCCUCAAGGCCCUGACCUGUCAGUUCUACUACCAGAGGUGCCCCGAGCCAGGCUGGUUCCCACUUGAGCCGGAACUGAAGACUGUGCCGCUAAGCCCAGUGGAGAUGCAGGAGCUGGAGCUCACCUCUGCCUACAGUGUGCGGGGCCGCUGCAGAGUGGAGCCGGAAAGGGACCUGUGGGGCGAAUGGAGCCCGGUCCUUUUCUUCCAGACUCCGCCCGCUGCCCCUAAGGACGUGUGGGUCGCAGGGAAACAGUGUGUGACCCCAGGAAGCGGAGCAGCCCGGCUGGUGUGGAAGACCCCGGGGCCCUGUGUGCAGGUGAGCUACCAGGUGCGGUUCUGGGCUGGAGAGACGUUGCUGAUGCAGGAGGGGGUGCCCUGCUGUUCGUGGCCUGUCCCUGCCUGGGCAAAGCAAGCCAGUGUGUCUGCUGAAGGUGGCAUCCCCUGGGUGUCCUCCACCAACCUCUCUUUGAUCUGCUUGGAUUCAGAUUCUGCGCCCCAGGACGUGGUGGUCAGCAGCAUCUCUGAUAGCUCUGGACUGCUGGUGAGCUGGCGACAGGGGACCCAGGAGCUCUGGGAGUAUGUGGUGGCCUGGGCUCCAGAUGGAAAAGACCCGGAGGACAUCCACUGGAUCCGGCUUCCUCCAGGGAACCACAGUGUUGUGCUGCCAGGCAAUUUCACCAGAGGGGUGCCCUAUCGCAUCACGGUGACAGCGGUCUUUCCUGAGGGCCUGGCGCCUGCUCCCUCGGUCUGGGGCUUUGGAGAGGAGCUAGCACCCGUAGAAGGCCCAGUACUUUGGCGGCUCCCAGAUGACCCCCUGGGGACCCCUGCAGUUGCAUGGGGAGAGGUCUCCAGGCAGCAGCUCCGGGGCCACCUCACCCAUUACACCUGGUGUGCACAGAGCGGCUCCAGACCCUUGGUCUGUGUGAACGUGAGCAGCAGCACGCGGACUAUCACUCUACCUGGCCUCCCCGGGGGACCCUGCAAGCUGUGGGUCAUGGCGGCCACCAUCGCAGGACAGGGCCCCCCUGGUCGCAGCCUCCAGUUCCACCUGCCAGGGAAUACUUUGAGCUGGCAAAUCCUGCCCCGAGUGCUGGGCCUGUGGGCCUUGCUCCUUCUGGGCUGCUGCCUGGGCCUGGCCACCUCUGGAAGGUGCCUCCACCUAAAACACAAGGUGUUGCCCCGUUGGGUCUUGGAGAAGGUUCCUGAUCCUGCCAACAGCCAUUCUGGCCUCCCCCACAUUGAGGUCUCACACCCUCAGCCCCCAUCCCUUGUGGAUGUGCCCAUCCUGGAGGUUGAAGAGAUGGAGCCGCUGCCACCAACGGAGCUGCCCCAGGCCUCGGCCCCACUCCACUCUGGGUAUGAGAAACACUUCAUGCCCACAGCAGAAGAGCUGGGCCUUCUGGGGCCAUCCAGUCCCCAUGUGGUGGCCUGAGCCUUGUCCAGCCCGGAGCUACAGGAUAGACUGAGGGUACUUAUGCAGGCGCACCCUCCCUGGGAUGAACCCACCUGACAGAUGAAGACCCUGAGACCAAGCAAGCCUGAGCCACUUGCCAGAGGACACCCAGUCAGGAAGAGCAGGGAUUGGGAAACCAAUGGAGAGGGGCCCAGCCUCAGCAGGGAAUGCAUGGGGGGCUGAGUGUGCAAAGGAAAGUGUGGUGCAGCAGUGUGUCCUUCGGCUGGAACAGAACCACAUCUGGGCCCAGUCCCACCCUCCCCUGACGCUGGAUCAGCCAUGGACUGAGUUCUCACAAUGGAAUGUGGGCAGAAGUGACACGGGCCAAUGUGGGGGGGUGGGUGAGUCUGAAACACUGCGUGGAGACUCCUCCACACUCCUGCUGUGAGCUGGAACAUACCCGUGCUCAUGACCCAGCUUUGACAUGUGCAAGUGGACAAGGACGCGAAGAGUUUCAUCCCUCAGGGACUGUAGGUCAGAGCCUGAAUCCUUCAGUGCCCACAUGGAGCGACUGUGUGGAUCAGACCCUAAAUUUCCCAGUGACCGCAUGGAUGAGUCAGAGCCUGAAUCCUUGAGAUACCACGUGAACAGAGCCUGAAUCCCCAAGGAACUUCCAGGAUCAGAGUCUGAAUCCCUGAGUGACGGCAUGAUCAGAAACUGAGUCCCUGAAUGACCACAUCAGUCAGAGCCACAAUAACCUUGUCUUUUUGCUACCGUAGCUUGAGAUGAUUUUGGUACAGCAACCAA